CGAAGUACGAAGUGUCAGUAGUGUGUCUUUUGUGUGUAAUUCUACGGAUUUACUCAAGAAUAUCUUGCGUUUGUGCUAUUAGUUACUUAACAAACAAUUCUCCAAAAUGUCUGACGAGAAAAAGGGUGAAAGCGAACACAUUAAUCUUAAAGUACUAGGUCAGGAUAAUGCCAUUGUCCAGUUCAAAAUAAAGAAGCACACACCGUUGAGGAAACUGAUGAAUGCGUAUUGUGAUAGAGCGGGUCUAUCAAUGCAAGUAGUAAGAUUCAGAUUCGACGGACAGCCUAUCAAUGAGAAUGACACGCCCACAUCAUUGGAAAUGGAAGAGGGAGACACAAUAGAAGUGUAUCAGCAGCAGACCGGUGGAGCGCGUUUAGUGUAAUUCGUAUUAUAAGGAACUGUCCAUUUCCCAUGGGAAGAUCGCUGUGGUGUACCCAUCUCAAACAUGAUUACAUUAAGUUAAUUUUAAUUACAAAGUUGGUAUCUAAACGUAAAGACGUUAGAGAAACUUUUAGGAUACACAGUAGCGACGCUGGGCCUUUUAUUGAACACAUACCACACAGCUAUGUGCAUCCUGAAAUUUUCACCAUAAUUUAGGUUGGAAUAUUGAGAUAAGCCAAAUAAAAGCGACAGUAACAACAAUAUUAUGUGAUAAUUUUUAGUUGACACGCCAGUAUUGUUAAUGCUGAGGUACUAAGGAUUUCACAAUUUCUGUAUGUACACUAAUUUAUUGGACCCGUGUCCAUACAAUUUGUCGAGGUCUCUUUCCAAUGAUGAUGUACCUACCUUCUGAAAUAAAGUAAUUGUAAUAAC